UAAUAUGACCAAUAUUGAUGAAACUAAAUUUAACCUUCAUCUUUCAUUAUCAAGAAGACAAGCAUAUUAUGGGCAGCUAGCAAUUCAUACAGUUGUAAAUAAUAAAGCAAAAAUAUUACAAUUAUUGCUGCAAUGA